CCCUGCUGAAGCACUGCGCGGAAGAGGUUCGGGUGGCCACUCUGCUUCGCUGUUGAAGUUCCCAUGCUCAGUGCUGAGGGGGAGUCUCCCAUAGAACAGACCCCCCGUCCAGUGGAGACGCAGCAUCUCCACUGCCUACACUUCAGUGAUCAGAGCAGCCGCCACUGUGCUGCACUGCUUGUGUCACUCCACUUAACAACCUCAGAGCACAAAGGCGGUGACGCUCCCCAUUCAGAUGCACCAAAGAGAAGCUGAGAAUUGGUUUUUGUAUGUGAAAAGAGCCUGCCAUCACCAUGGAGCCGUGCCCCGAAGAACAAUACUGGGACACCCUGCUGAACGUCUGCCUCUCCUGCAAAUCCAUCUGCAGUCAUCGGAUUCCACGUUCUUGUACAACCUUCUGCAAGGCACUAAGUUGUCACAAGGAGCAAGGCAGGUACUAUGACCAGCUCCUGAGGGACUGUAUCAGCUGCACCUCUAUCUGUGGACGUCACCCUAAACAAUGCAUGUACUUUUGUGAGAACAAGUUCCCGAGCCACGUGACCCUCCAAUCAGAGCUCAAGAGACAGAAGACCGGGAAAGCUGAAACCAAAUCAGACAACUGGGGAAGGUACCAGGGAUCAGAGAACAGAGGCUUAGAGUCCGGUCCAGCCACUGACCAGCUGAUGCUGAGUACCGACCAGCUGGCCCUGAUCUACAGCAGCCUGGGACUCUGCCUCGGUGCCAUCAUCUGCUGCUUCCUCUUGGCCAUGGCCUGCUUCCUCAAGAGGAGUGGGGACCAGUCCUCCUGCCAGUGCCCCACAGGACUGUGUUGGUCCUGGGCCAAGUCCUCCAAGGAUCACAGGAUGGAAGCUGGGAGCACAGCAUGCAGGCCACAGGAACCUGUGGAGACCUGUGGCUUCUGCUUCCCCAAGUGCGGGGUGCCCACCCAAGAGAGUGCGGAUCAGCUGGGUGCCCCCAGCCCCACAAACACUGGGAGGUGUGGUUGCCCCAGCCCUGCAGUGGCCCAAAGGGCCUGCAUGGAGUCCUUGUCCCCAGAGGGCAUUCCGGAGGCUGUGUGCUGGCCUGCCCAGGAUGGGGGCCCAGCUGUGUGAAAGGAGGUGGGGGAUGGGGCACGAAGGAAGGGAAAGAAAGAGAGGGAGGGAGGGAGACAGAGAGAGAGAAGGAGAGGAGAGGAGAGGGGUCAGUGAGGGAAAGAUGGAGGAAGAGAGAGGAAGGGGACAGGAGCAGAGAGAUGGGGGAGAGCAAUGGAAACGGGGACGGAAGAGCAAGGGGAGCCAGGGUGGGAGGGAGGCCUCACUGUCUUCAUCUCAGGUCUCUACUGCAGGUCACCAUCAUCUAAACACUUCUGCAAUAAAGUCACCUGUGCUUGCUGGACUCAAGUCUCCAAGAGCCCUUUUGUAGGAGUAAAACCUUCCAGGGUGGUGGCUCCUUCCUGCUACUCAUUUCGGUCUUGUCUUCAGCUGGGAAGAUUCUUUGGCCCCACCUCCCAAGCUGCCUCCCUUGGCUCCCCCACAAUGCAGCUGCAGCCUCCAAUUUCCCAGGACCUACAUGUUUCCUGUCCACCAGGCUCCAGAGAGGGCUUGCUGACUUGUGGGGCCGGAAGCAGUUGGCGCAUACUGCAGAGGGGCAGCUGCAGAAGGGCCCCGCAGAGCAUGUGUGCCUGCAGCUAUGCCUGGAUCUCCAGGGGAAGCAUUUCUGUUGGUUUAACAAAGCCACUCCCCACUGUGCCUCCUCAGGAAGGGCAGGAAGGGCAGGAAGGACAGGAAGGGCAGGAAGGAAGGGCAGGAAGGGCAGGAAGGGCAGGAAGGGCAGUUGGUUCUUUCUCCAAAAUAUAUUCUGAUUCUCGCCCCUUUUUACAGCCACUGAAAGCUGAGCUCCUGUCACUUUUCACCCAAUGACUGCACCAGCCCCCACUGGCCUCCCUGUUGCCAUCUUGCCCGUAACAAAAAUGACAAGAUAGUAAAUCCCUUGGACUUUGUGGACCACACAGUCCCUGCUGCAGGGCCCACACACUUGGUCCUAUCAGCCACAGCUUUAGAUGCUAAGGAAACAGGUGGGUGACUCCUGCUUGGGUAGAACUGCUCAGGAGGGUAGUGGGGUCUGGACCAUGGGCCAUAGCUGGUCAACCCUGCCCUGCUUCCUGGUUUUCUUGAGACAUAAGUGACACCUAAAAGUAUGCAAGUUUAAGCUGUUGGUUGGAUACUUAUUAAUUGCAAAUUGAUGACUACCAGAUCCUGUCACAUAGUUACCAUUUCCUUUUUUUGUGGUGAGAACAUUUAAUAUCUAUUUACUUAGCACUUUUCAAGUAUAUAGUGGAGUGCUAUCAGCUAUAAUCACCAUGCCAUCAUAGACUCCCAGAAUUCGUUAAUCUUAUAACUCUAAGUGUGUACCCUUUGAGUGUCAUCUCUCCAGCCCCCCAGCCCCUGGUAACCAACACUCUACUCUCUGUUCCUCUAAGCACUAAUCGUUUUAUUUAUGCCUCUAAUUUUUUAAUGGUUGUUUACAAUACACAUCUUUACUCACAGUCAGCAUUCAGAUUACAGUGUUCCAGGUCAAGGGAGAGAGCCAUGCAGGGUGGUAUCCUCAUGCCACCUCUCACGCACAUGCUGGGUGUUCCACCUGCACACAGUCUGCAAAGUCACAACACAGAGUGCCUAUGUCUGCUGCAGGAGUUCGGUGUAUUUUAGCAUAAUGAAAAAUAAGGAAACAUUGCCUUUCGUAUUUACUUUCAUUUCUGGAAAUUCUCGUUUUUGUGUGUGUAGAUUCAAGUGUCUGGUAUCAUAGUCCUUCCACCUAAAGGACUUCUUUUAACAUUUCUUACUGUGCAAACAUGCAGGAAAUGAAUUCUCAGUUUGUAUCAGUUUGGAGAAGUAUUUCUCUCACUUUUGAAAAAUAUUUUUUCUGGGUAUAGACUUUAUGGUUGCCAGUAUUUUCCUUUCAGUAUUUCAAAGAUAUUUAUUACUCCAUUAUCUCUGGCUUGCAUAGAUUCUGACAAGACAUCUGCUGAAAUCCCCAGCUUUGCUCCUUUGUAACUGUGCCUUCACAAUGUUCAUCUUCCCUUUUCUAGCAGUUUGCGCAGUUGUGUCUAUAGGAGGUGCUUUUUUAUUUAUUUGUGUGUGUGUGUGUGUGUUUUUUUGUUUAGGUUUGUUUUGUUAUAUAUCCUGCUUUGCAGUCUGAGAUUUUGGGACCUGUAGCUUGAUACUUUUUAUUUUUAAAAAAUCAUUUGCCAUUAUCUCUUCAAACUGUUUGGUGUUUAUUGUCCCAUGGCUCUGGUAUCCUAUUAUUUUGUUUUCUCCCCAAAUUCUCUAUUCUCUUUGUGUUUCAGUUUGGGUAAAUUCUACCAAUCUUCAAGUUCACCAAUUCUUUCCUCAUCUGUGUGAGUUCACUGAUGGGCCCAGAAAAGCCAUUCUGUAUAUGUUACUGUGGGGGCAACUUUGCCAGCAAGUCCCUCCAUCCACCACGAAUGAAAGUAACACUACCAAGACAUGAUCUGCUUGGGGAGGAGAGGUGGCCAAUCUCUCAGAGGAAAAAGGUCAGGGGCCCCUUCCUCAAUAGCUUAUGUUGGGUUCUAAUACACAGGAAUAUAGGUGGUAAGGAUCAAACAGUAGAUAACAUUGCAAAGAAAUCUGAGGGCUUAGUCUGAGUUAGUGUCUGUCAGAUAAGGGGGUUGCAAAAACUUUGGGAGACAUAUCAUUUCUUGCUCAGACCCUUAUCAUAUGGAUGAAAGCACUCUUAGCAAAGCAGGCUUCACAGGACUUUUAGGAAUUCUUUCUUAUGCCUGAUCACCCCAGAUCCCACUCUAGCUGGCAAGGGGCUGUACUGCCUCCCCCAUCACAGGUUUUCAGGCUUAAGUGGAUUAGAGCCAGGAAGUGGUUCUCCCAGAGGACAGGGGACUCGGGUUAUGUCUGAAUAGCUGGGGGAGGGGGGCAAGGGUCCAUUACUCCCUCUUUGUUGCAGCCCCCCGAGUCCUUCCAUGAUGGCCUCCCAAGUGACCAUGUCUGGCUUAGGUUUCCCCCCUCUGAGGGCCCAUACUCAUCAUUGACUAACUGACUAUGCAUUGGGGGCAAGGGAGGAAGCAGAGACAAGCUUUGUCUCCUUAGUGGCUCGCAUUCCAGAGGUUGCUCACUCAGUCUUAGCUAUGGGGGGGCAGUUACAACUCCUGAAACCAGGAAGAGUGGUUCCCAACAUGUUACCAUGUGUUUUCCUUCUAGAAUCUGCAUUGACUCUGUCAUGGUUCCAUCUCUCUGCAGAAGCUCCCCAUCUUUUCACGCUGUGUUCCACAUUUUCUAUGACAUUUCACAUAUUAAUCUGAAUUAUCUAAAAAUUUCUGCCUAAUACUUUCACCAGCUGGAUCAUCUCCAAGUCUGGUUCUGUUGAUUGGUAGUGUGUCAUUUUACUUGUUCUUUUGUGUGUCUUGAAAUUUUGUAUUGAAUGCCAGACCUGAAUAGAGAGACUGAAGUAGGAAGUGUCCAUGCCUAAAAGUGGGCACACCUUUUCCCCUGCUAGGCUGAGAGUGUGAGGGAGGGAGUCAACCCAGCUUGGCGUGGGGUUUGUUGUUGCUAUGGGCACCUCAGGGCUCAGACUCCCCUACUGUGUCCAUGUUCUGGGGUGGGGGCUGGGUUCCCAGUAUUUCCACUCCUUCCUCACAGCCCUGCACCUUCUCUGUGUGCCUCUGCCUCGAAAGCUUCUUUAUCCAUUUUUUUUGUUCUCCUUCGUGGUAGUUGGCCAUCACUUGGUGCUUGCUGACCUGAGGCUGUGUGUCCUCUUGCUCCAUCUCAGUCUCAGGCAGGCCCUGUGAUCCUGGGUGGGAGGACUGGGCUUUUGCAGUGGCCCUCCAGGCCCAGGACAUUUUCCCGUCCCUGACUACAGUGAAGGGGAUCCUCCUUCUCCCUCUUCCCACCCUCAAUGGGUUUUCACCUAUAUCUUGAGGCCAACAGGGUUUCUUUCCUCUUUUCAGUAGUUUGCAGCUUUUGUUUGCUAGUGGAAGAGUCUGUGUGGGGCUGCAUUUACUUCUGGCACCACACCACAUCCCUGCCUAAGCCUGUGCCCUGAGAGAAGCUCUGUGUGGUCUCCCACUGUAUGCCUGAAUUUGCUUUUUUAUAAGGGUCCUAUGGAAGUCUGCAAAGAAGAGCCUGCAUGUGGUGUCAUCUCCCCUUGUCUGAAGUUCUCAGCUCUACUCAUACUACCUCUAGCCGUUCUUCAAAGCCUUAGCAGAAUUCCUCUUCCCCACAUGCCUGGCUGGUCUGCUUUCCUCCCUGCACACAGCUGCGGGUGGCCGGUGUCAUGUCCUGUCUCCUUGGAGUCACCUGCCUUCCUGCAAUGUUAGGCUUAAUGUCUGCCCUGCAACUUCAGCGCAUGGGUGGGUUCAAGAUAAAACACAGCUCUGUAGAUUAUCCAGCUUUUUAUUUCUAGGAAAGGAGUGGGCUCCUCUCUGGCUCUCUACUUCCUAGCUGGCAGCUGGAAGCCAGAGAGAUCUUUUUAAAAUAUCCAUCACACCAUGUCUUUUCACUGCUUAAACCUUCCAAUCAGUUCCUGACACAAAAUAAAAUCCAGCCUCUUACAAGGGCCUUUGGGCUUCACAUGGUCUGGUCCCUGGCUUCCUCUCAACCUCAGCAUGUAUCAUGCUCCAGCACCUGCCACCCUCCACUAUACUCAUCCUCACUCUCAGAGUUAUUUCAUUCCCUACUCCUGCCCCAGGGCCUUUGCUGUUUCUGCUCCUUCUACUAGGAAUGCUUUUCCAUUGUCACCUAGGUCGGAGGGGCUGCUCCUGCCAUGAAGGCUUCAGCUUCAAUGCCACCUUCUAAGAUGCCCUUCCCAAAGUUUCCGAUUCUCCCUGAUUCCUUAAAACUCUCCCUGAAUCAGAUACAGUUUUAGAAGCUUCUCAAAAUUACUGGGUUGGCCAAAAAGUUUGCAUGGUUAUUUCUGUAAAAUAAAGACACAUUUUUCAUUUUCACCAAUAA